ACUCAGUUCAUUCCAUUAACUUCAGUGUCUAUAGUAUCUCAACAGUACACAACACACUCACAAAAAUGGCCGCUAAGUUGAUCAUCUUCACCGUUUGCGUGGCUUCUGCCUUCGCCCAAUACUCUGCCCCAGCCUACAAGCCCGCUUACUCAUCCCCAGCUUACGCAGCACCAGCUUACGCAGCACCAAAGGCUUACGCCCCAGAGCCCGCCUACGCCCCAGCCCCAUACAACUUCGAAUACAGCGUAAACGACCCACACACCUACGAUGUCAAGAGCCAAUCUGAAUACAGCGACGGAAACGGUUACGUCAAGGGAUCUUACAGCCUUUUGGAAGCCGACGGUUCCACCCGUACCGUAGAAUACACCGCUGACGACUACAACGGUUUCAACGCCGUCGUCAAGAACGAAGGUGGAUACAAGGCCCCAGCUUACGCUGCACCAGCUUACGCUGCACCAGCUUACUCUGCACCAGCCUACAAGCCAGCAUACUCUGCACCAGCUUACUCCGCACCAGCCUACAAGCCAGCUUACGCUGCCCCAGCCUACUCCGCACCAGCAUACUCUGCCCCGGCCUACAAGCCAGCAUACAAACCAGCAUACUAAUUAUUUCAUUAGUCAUGUAAACCAACUCUCUUCUUCACCUCUUUUUUUUCAUGUUUUCUUCGUGUACCUCUGGGCCAUCGCGUUCAUAUUGAACCGUGGUAGCAAAGUCAUACCAUGCCAUAUUAAUAUAAUAUAAGACAAUGUGUACGACUUGUGUAUUUAUUGUGUAAAUAUAUAUCAAUGUGUAUUUAUUGAAUA